GAAGGGGAGGGGGUGUUGUGGAGAAACUGGUGCCCGGUGAUUGUCGCUCCCCUGCCGGAUGCGGCGGCAGCAGCAGCCCGCGCGGUGUCGCUUAGAGACGGAGGCAGGAGGCAGAGCGAAACGGGGUCGACGGGGGUAGGCCAAAGAGUGACCAGGGCUAACAGCCGGUGGCGGGUGGAGUAGUUAUUGACGAUCACUGAUCACAAUUGACGAUUAUUUUUUUCGGCAGGAAGGUCAGGGCAGGAGGUGACGAGGCAGGGUCCGUUACUAUGGUGAUAACAGAUGAUGAUUUAUCCCCUUAUUAUUGUGCCUUAUCCAUUCAAUAAUUUAUUAAUUCACAGAUUCACUUUGUUCCGUUUUUUUCUUCUCCUCCUCCUCCCUUUAUCUUCCUCUCCCCUGUCCUCUCUCGCCCUUCAUCCUCGCUGCUUCCUCUUCCUCCCCCUCUCUCACCCGUUCCCCUCCAUUCGUCUCCCCUCCUCUCUCUUUCAGGUCAACGAGAGCCAGCAACAGCUCGCUCUGAAGAUCAAAUCCUCCCUCGUUUCCUCUCUCUACGAUGCUCUGCUCACGUCCAUAUGUUGAAGAACACACUCGUCUUAUUUUAGCACCACUGCCUUCCUCCUCCUCCUCCUCCUCUUCCUCCUCUUCCUCCUCUCUUGCCCUCCUCUCUUCUGAGUUUUGACUCCCUUUUUCACUGUCUCUCUCUUUGUGUCUCUCUUUCUCUCUCCUUCUUAUUUUUUUCACACACACGCGGAAAAAGAAAAUGAAGCGUGGGUCGAGUGUGUUGCAGCCUCACUCUGAUGCAGCCAAACGACACGCACACCCUGCAAACACACACACAAAGACACACACAGUUGAUGACGCACAAGCCGCAGGUUCGAGCCCCUUCCCAGCAGCCACCUCUCUUUUCAGCCCCGAUGUCAGCACCAAGAUGGCGUCUGACCUCCUCAUCAGGCUGUCAGAGGCCACCCAGAAGGCCCAGAUGCAUCCUGGGAGCCGAGAGGAAGCGGAGCAGCAGGAUGAGCCAGGCGUCGCUCUCUCGCCGGACAGCCCCGGGGCGAGUCCCGAGCCACCGUCCCUCACGCACACGCCUGACGGCAAUGCCGCUACGGACACGCUAGCUUCAGAUCUGCUCCGGAAGCUAGCGGAGCGUCAGGAAGUGAAUGGCCAUGUGGUGAGGCUCAAAGAAGAAGAAGAGCCAAUGGAAGUCGACACAGUAGCUCAGAGUCAAGUAGUAACAGAAGAAGUUACUCCGCCUGUCCCAAAAAUGGUCAAUCACCACAUCUUCAGUGUUAAAACAGAAGAUCGGGGCCUCACCGGGAACAAAGUGGCUGAGGAGUUGCACCCCAGAGCCAAAAUGGCGGACCGGUGUCUCUUUGGCCUUAAUAUAGAAGGCAAGUUCUGUGCUGAAGGAUGCCCACCUGGUUCCGCAAUGGCAGACAGUGCAGUCUCUGGAGCCAAACAGUUUCACUUUCAAGUGAACAUGGAGAAUGUCUCUGGACCCAAGAUGUCGGACCACCUUCUAACUGGAGCCAAGAUUGAGGACCAGCUUCUCUUUAAAGCGAAGUUUGCCGAGCGGCCUUUCUCUGGAGUCAAGGUAACCAACAAGUUUCUCUCUGGAGUCAAAACGGAGGACCAGUUUGCUUCAGGGGCCAAGAUGGAGAACCAGGUUUUCUCCGGGGUGAAGACGGAGGAGCAGCUCUUCUUUGGAGCCAAAAUGGAAGACCAAUUUACCUCUGGAGCCAAGAUGGCUGACCAGUGCCUCAGAGCAGUGCUGUGGCAGGACAUGUCAGUGAACCUGGCGUCGACGCUGCUGCACCAACUGUCAGAGAGGGUCGGUAAAUCCAACAGUCAGCUGGUGGACAGGAUGACUCCACCCAUCAGAAGCAGUCCUGUUUUGAAGGGCAACGAGGACCAGCACCACUCUUCCCCAGCAGUGAUCAGCUCCCAAACACCUCCACUUGAAACCCAAACCAGCCUCAGCAGACACCAAACCACAGGUUGCUCUUACUUUUUCAGGUGUCACGUGUGCGGCUUUGAGACCGAGGGACAGGCCCUUUUCCAGAGUCACAUGACCGAACACCGCCAAUGGGAGCACAGAUCCUUCUCGCUGCACUGCUGCGUGUGCGACCACUCGACCAAUCAGGAGGCAGAGAUGAGGGCUCACGUCGGCACGCACAUUCAGGGCGACGCAGUAGAAGUGAGAUGCCCUGUUACCCUCCCUGCUACAGCUUCCACCUCCAGCAGCGGUGCUCCGGCAGUUGCCACGGCAACCCAGCCGGAGACAAGCACCUCAGAGCAUCGCUGCCGCAUCUGCCAGAGGUCGUUUCCAGGGCAACAGGAGCUGCUGGUUCACUUCCAGGGUCAUCGCCAGGGCAACCAGUACCGCUGCGACCGGUGCGGCCACCUGACCCGGACAGCCAACAAGCUGGUGGAGCACGUGCGCGUUCACACGGGGGAGCGACCGUUCACCUGUGACCUCUGCCCCUACAGCGCCAAGCGGCGAGACAGUCUGCGCCUGCAUUGCAAGGUCAAACACGCUGCGCACUUCUUCAACGGGGGCGCGGCGGACACGCCCGCCGACGUGCACACGCACCGGUCAUAUGUGCAUGCAGACAAUCAGCGCUCGAACAAGCACGUCCAGCGGCUGCACACACCGCCAAGCGCUCACACCGCUGCAUCCUCCUCCUCUGUUCCUCCUCCUCCUCUUCUUCUUCACCCAUCGCUGUCCGACCGUGCCGGAUGGAGGGAUUUGUCUCCUCUCCUCCCGAUCACGACCCUCAUCUCUCUGAAACAGCGUUCUCCUUCAUCUUCCUCCUCUUCCUCUUCAUCUUUCUCUACCAAACACUCUUUUCUUGGUUACCUCGGCCUGACAACUUCUUUGUAAAGCCUCCCUGCUUUUGGUCCUCCUCUCUUCCUCUCCUUCUCUUCUAAUUUCUCCUCUUCCUCUUCUUCCUUUUCUCUUCUAUCCAUCCUCUGGACUCUUAAAGCGAUGGAUGUAAAGCUCUGUAAUGUAUCCAAGGUACUGUCACUCAGCACUAUGUAUGAGAAUGUCAAACAGCACUGAAAACACACCGAUAAGGAACGUUUUUGAAUUUAUUCAACUUUUGCAUCAUGCUCGUGAUUUUUGCUGCAUUCCUGCCUGCUUUAGCCCGUCAUAUAAUCACUGAACUCUUAGCUAUUUAACCGUGUGACAUAUUUAUUGCCUGUCUCUCUUGUCCUCCAGAAACCUUGAACUUAAAAAGUCUCAUUUUAUUAUAAAUUGUUCUAAUCAGAAACACGAGAUGCUGUGAAGUCAGGAUCAUUUAUUGAGAUGAUGAAAUAAUGUUGAGGGUGAGAUAGUUUGUUUUUCUUUUAAAACACAAUGUGUUUAAAAAACACAUUUUUUUAAAAAAGCAGGUGACUUCAAAAGAACAUGAUUAAAGGAAGAAAAUAAGAGUUGACAGCAUUUCUAGCAGCUCUUUAAGCCUAUAUCUAUAUGAAGGUUUAUGUAACUGUUUACUUUGAGUUCAGCAUGCUAACAGGUCCACAGUACAAUGCUAAUAUAGCAGGUAUAAUGCUAAUUGUAUUCUAUGUUCUUAUUUUGUUAUUUGAACAUGCUAACUUUUGCUAAUUAGCGGCAGCGAGAACAAACUGCUGUUAUUACUGAGAAUGUCCUUAGUUUGGUAUGCUAAUAUGUUAAUUUUUGCUAAUUAACCGCUGAGGCUAAUGGGAAUGUCUUUAGUUUUAUUGUUGUAUUAUUUGCUUAUUGCUGCUGAGACUUUUUUCUUUACUUGGUAUAAAUGUCUUUAGUCUAGCUUUUUAGCAUGAUA